CUGUCCCGAUAAAAGACAUCGAUAGGAGCACACAUAGUUGCACGUUUUCGAGCACGUUAAUCGAAGUGGCCGCUCUCAGCAGGCGCAACAAACAAAACAAUAAAAAGCCAUCACAGCAGGCUGUGUUUUUUACUGAUAUUGUGGCAGCAAAGUGCCGGAGCUCGGUAAUUUUAGACUCACUUGCUUUUGGAACAUUACGGAAGUCGGUAAAUGAAAAGCAUCGUGAACAAAAAACUGGCACGCUGCACGCUGAACGUUCCCCGAAUUGUCUAAACACACGGGAUCGUUUCACGCGCAAAAUAUUUUCGCCAGUCUGUCACCUUGGACUUGCACCGCCGUAUUUUUAAAGUAAAAGCCGUAGCCAAUCGGCGCAUCUUAGCGUCAAGAGUAGUGCCGCGCGGGCAAGCUAACGAGCCGAAAAGUUAUACAGUUGGCCAGUUGGCAGGUCGGCACUCCGCCGAUCCAGGCACCGCAUUACCGAUAAUACAAAUUGAAAAAAAUCGCCUCUGAGAGGAGACUGACUGUGGCAAAGGCGCGAUGAGCGUGGACACGUAUGCGCCGAGCUCGGCGCUCUCGUUCCUGGACAUGGACGAGAACGAGCUGCUGCCGGGCGCGGACACGCAGCCGACCCAGUAUGACUACCGUGACUUCACUAUGCCGUCCACUUCGCAGAGCCAAACGCAAGGCGAGCAGCUUGAGCUGCACCCGCGCCGCUCUGGAGGCGACUCGCACCCUCGCCUUGCCAGCAUCACCAAUGACCUGGGCGACCUGCAGUUCGAGGAGGAGGACGACGAGGCCGGCAGUUCGUAUGUCAAGGAGCUGCCCGCACACGCAUGCAAGUACUGCGGAAUCCACGACCCCGCCACGGUUGUGAUGUGCAACAACUGCAAGAAGUGGUUCUGCAACGGCCGCGGAAGCACUUCCGGGUCGCAUAUCAUCAACCAUCUGGUGCGUGCCAAGCACCGUGAGGUGACUCUGCACGGCGAUGGUCCGCUUGGCGAGACAAUUCUCGAGUGCUACUCGUGCGGCGUGCGAAACGUCUUUGUGCUGGGCUUCAUCCCGGCCAAGGCGGACUCGGUGGUGGUGCUUUUGUGUCGCCAGCCGUGUGCCGCUCAGAAUUCGCUGAAGGACAUGAACUGGGACCAGGAGCAGUGGAAGCCUCUGAUCACCGACCGCUGCUUCCUCCCGUGGCUGGUGAAGCAGCCCAGUGAACAAGGCCAGCUGCGGGCGCGCCAGAUUUCGGCGGCCCAGAUAAACAAGCUGGAGGAGCUGUGGAAGGAUAACAUCGAGGCCACGUUCCAGGACUUGGAGAAGCCCGGCAUCGACUCGGAACCGGCUCAGGUGCUGCUGCGCUACGAGGACGGUUACCAGUAUGAGAAGACCUUCGGUCCGCUGGUCCGGCUUGAGGCCGACUACGACAAGAAGCUGAAGGAGUCGGCCACCCAGGAGAACAUCGAGGUGCGCUGGGACGUGGGCCUCAACAAGAAGACCAUCGCCUACUUCACUUUGGCCAAGACGGACUCCGACAUGAAGCUGAUGCAUGGCGACGAGCUACGGCUGCGGUACGUGGGCGAGCUCUACAACCCGUGGAGCGAGAUCGGGCAUGUGAUUAAAGUGCCUGAUAACUUCGGCGACGAUGUCGGCCUGGAGCUGAAGACCUCUUCGAAUGCGCCGGUAAAGUGCACCAGCAACUUCUCGGUGGACUUCAUCUGGAAGUGCACCUCAUUCGACCGCAUGACUCGCGCUCUCCGCAACUUCGCCAUGGACCGCAAUUCGGUCUCCAACUACAUAUAUUCUCGUCUGCUGGGCCACGGCCGACCGGACGCCAAUGACGAGGUCCUGUUCCGCGGCCCCCAGCCCAAGCUGUACAGUGCUCCGCAUCUGCCGGACCUCAACCGAAGCCAGGUGUACGCCGUGAAACAUGCGCUCCAGCGACCCCUUUCGCUGAUUCAGGGUCCGCCCGGCACUGGAAAAACUGUCACCUCGGCCACAAUUGUGUACCAGUUGGUGAAGCAACACGGCGGCACCGUGCUUGUGUGCGCUCCCAGCAACACGGCCGUUGACCAGCUCACCGAGAAGAUCCACAGGACCAAUUUGAAAGUGGUGCGGGUUUGCGCCAAGAGCCGCGAAGCCAUCGACAGCCCCGUAAGCUUCCUGGCCCUGCACAACCAGAUCCGCAACAUGGAGACCAACUCGGAGCUGAAGAAGCUACAACAACUGAAGGACGAAACGGGCGAACUGAGCUCGGCGGAUGAGAAGCGUUACCGCAGCUUAAAGCGCGGCACCGAAAACCAGCUGCUGGAAGCGGCCGACGUCAUCUGUUGCACGUGCGUGGGUGCCGGCGAUGGGCGCCUGUCCCGCAUCAAGUUCACCUCCAUCCUCAUUGACGAGUCGAUGCAGUCAACGGAACCCGAGUGCAUGGUUCCGGUGGUGCUGGGCGCCAAGCAGCUAAUCCUCGUCGGCGAUCACUGCCAGCUGGGACCAGUGGUAAUGUGCAAGAAGGCGGCUCGCGCUGGACUCUCCCAGAGCCUGUUCGAGCGCCUGGUUGUGCUGGGCAUCCGGCCCUUCCGACUAGAGGUUCAAUACCGCAUGCACCCCGAACUCUCGCAGUUUCCGUCCAACUUUUUCUACGAGGGAUCGCUGCAAAACGGCGUCUGCGCUGAGGAUCGUCGCCUCAAGCUGGACUUCCCAUGGCCGCAGCCGGAGAGGCCUAUGUUCUUCCUGGUGACACAGGGCCAAGAGGAGAUCGCCGGCUCCGGCACGUCUUUUCUCAAUCGUACAGAGGCGGCCAACGUGGAGAAGAUCACGACUCGGUUCCUGAAGGCGGGUAUCAAGCCGGAGCAGAUUGGUAUCAUAACACCCUACGAGGGCCAGCGGGCGUAUCUGGUGCAGUACAUGCAGUACCAGGGCAGCCUUCACUCGCGGCUCUAUCAGGAGAUCGAGAUCGCUAGCGUCGACGCGUUCCAGGGCCGCGAGAAGGAUAUCAUCAUCAUGUCGUGCGUGCGCUCUAAUGAGCGCCAGGGCAUCGGGUUCCUGAACGACCCGCGUCGCCUCAACGUGGCGCUCACUCGCGCCAAGUACGGCAUCAUCAUCGUGGGCAACCCCAAGGUACUGGCCAAGCAGCAGCUGUGGAACCAUCUUCUGAACUUCUACAAGGACCGGAAAGUGCUUGUGGAGGGGUCCCUGAACAAUCUCAAGGAGUCGCUCAUCCACUUUCAGAAGCCCAAGAAACUGGUCAACAACCUGAACAUCGGCGCCCACUUCAUGACCACCAUGAUUGCCGAUGCCAAGGAGGUGAUGGUGCCUGGCUCCAUAUACGACCGGAGCGGGAGCACUGUCUAUAGCCAAAGUCGUCAGCUGCCCAACCAGGCGGUCAACGGCGGACAAUACGGGAACACCAGUGCCCCUUACGGCGGUUCUCCCCUUGGAUAUGGCGCCCCAACCUCCGGUUCCAUUAUGAGCUUCGGCCUGGGAGGAGGAUCUGGCGCCGCUGCUGGUGGCAACAACAACUAUGGUGCGUCCAACGCCGGCCCCAGUUGGGCGGCUGCCCAACUGCAUCACGACUCCAUCGGCUACAUAUCCAAUGAGCACGGCGCAGCUGCUCUGGGCAACAUGCCCGUGCCCGUGGGAAUGUUUAUGAACAUGAGCAACCUGCCGCCGCGGUUCUACAACCAACACCAGCAGGCUAUCAUGGCUGCCAAGCAGAACCGGGCCAUGCAGCAGCCGGGCAACUUCAUGGGCGGCAUGGGCGCCAGCGGCGGCUCAAUGGGCGGCAACAAGAAGUCCCAGAAGCCGAUGAAAUCACGGGCGACCGGCGGCCAAAUGGGUGGCACUGCGAUGAUGGGAGGAGCGGGUAUCGGCGGACUGGUUGGAGCCGGGGCGUCCGUAACGCCCUUCAGCCAACAGCCUGCACCGCUGUCGCUGCAGAUGACCCAGCCAGGCGGCUUCGCUCUUUCCCAGCAGCCGGAGCUGUCGCAGGACUACGGGCAGAUCUCCCAGAUGGACGGUCUGCUUUCCCAAGAUGUGGCCUUUAAUGUGUCCGGCGAACGCAGUUUGAACCAAUUCUCGCAGCCUUAUUGAGAACCCGACCUGGGGGACACCAACUACAAACGAUUACAAGCAAAAGCAAAAGCAACCCAGCAAACGAAAAUUUAUAACAACUCAACUUUGAAGUCAUCAUCAAGGAGCAGCAUCAGCAGGCAGCAGAAACAGAGAAAUAGACGCGUAAGGGAGACAGCGAUUCUUAUGAACACGGAAACGAGUGGGACACAAGACACCAACGGGAUGGAGACAGCAGGUGGAGAAAGUGAGGAAGUGUGACAGAGACAGAGACGAGGCGAUACUGGGACAAUGAGAGGCGGAGUGAAGAGGGAGGUGUGUAGCGGCCACGAAUAUCUCUCAAUGAUGGCCGCCAUGAUGCAGUGCAGCCGCCGCCUAGCCCAGCCUCUGCGGCAACGUGUGCCCCAAACGAAACGCCGAGCCAUAACGCCAUAUAGACAUGGCCGCGCAACCAGCCCACGAGUGUGCUCCGGAGGAGUGAGCGCUCACGGUUCAACCAGCCGGACGAAAACGAUGCCCCACGGACUUCCACGCGAAUUUCGUUCGUUUUGCCAGCCAAACACACCAACUGCAACCGGACCGCAGACGCAAUCACUCCCGCCCGAAACACGAUCUUCAUCUUCUUCUGGCUUCCAGCAUCAUUGCAGCAGCCAAUCUUCAGCUCCAGUUUUCGAUUUUUCCCCGAACGGUUUACUUAGAUCGACCCUAAGCUGUCUUUAGCAUUUGUUACUCAGAACAAACCACAAAAGCCCUACCACUAAAUCAAAAAAAAAAAAAAAAAAAACAAAAAACCCAACCCAAUUUCAAGAUUGGAAAUCGCAUGGGAACGCUGGCGCCCCCAAAGCGGCUGCAUCGUUCCAGCGCAUAUUGGAAAAUUUUAACGAGAAAUUGAUCAAGAAACGCGUUGUGAUCUUCCACCCCAACACCACCCACAGUUCACCGACAUACCACCCGAAACCAGCCCAUUGCCGGAUCUAGGGUCACGAUCAGAACAGAAAUAUAUAAAUGCAGUUAUAGCAGUGUGUUAAUUGUUUUUAAAACGAUGUGGAAAUGGUAUACUUUUUCUAUAUAGUGCGAUUUUCUUCCCCACGCUACACUUUAAACAAAAUGAAGUUUUUUGAUUGAAAUUCUGAAUAAAGAAUUUUAUUUUCCCUCGCGAAAAUGUUUUACUUAGCAUGCCUACUGAAAGAAUCGUUUUGGGUUUGAAUAAGUGUUAGGUGCCUAUUCAUUAUUAACUUUUUUUUCCCAUCUUCCUUAAAAUAAUCAAAAUUAAGUAACUUUUAUACCUAGCAUGCCGGAUGAGAUCGUGACGAGUUAUUUGAACGCUUGCAAUGAAUUUUCGAAAGAUCUUGUUACAUGUAAGGAAAACUGUGUAUGAGAAUGUAAAAAUUAGUCUCAAAAAUUCGUCUUCACUUUCUAAGCAUUUUAUUCGAACGAUGUGAAAAAAUUUCAUUAUCAAAGGAAAUAAAUUCAUUAACCACAAA